AUGUCUUGAAGAGAAUAAAAAGGCCUUUGCCUCGCACAGCCACCACUGAUCGAUUUUGGUGUGAACGUCGAUAACAAUAACAUCCUUCCCUUUCGUGGCACAUCGACCACUUUUGCCUUGUUUCUGUCUGAAUGAACGUCUUGUUCUCUGGGUUUCCAGGCACUUCCUGCAGCUGUUAUUUAAUAGGAAAUGCCCCUCUCGAGAAGCUGCAACGACUACUACUACUAAAUGGUCCCCCACAUUGACGAAUACGUGAUCGUUCAACUCGACCCAGUAACUUCUCUCAAGAGGCUCAAUGAUCUAGAGGUUACGAGGGCAUGUGAAACUCUGGUGGCGAAAAAGUAUGUGGCGUGUAUAACAUGGAUGCAACCAUUGAUCCUUGACACCGAAUAUAUAUCUGUGUCUUUGAAAUUUGUGUCCAAUGGUGUCAGUAGAGCUCAUCUGGCGGAGCACCUACUACCAGAAAUGACUGUCCCCAUUUACCCGAACACGCAACACCCGCUCUCACGACCGCCGUUUAGACCAUCGAAAGAGAUACCUUGGCCACAGUGUUAUCAGACGACGCAACUCGGGGGUCAGGUGAGGUGGCGAAAUGUGAGAGAAGCUGGUAGGCCUGUACUACCCGCAAAGUACGAGCUUCCGGCGAAAGAUGCUGCGAAGUUGCAGAUGCUAUCGUCUGAGGAUGGUGCAUGGAGGUUACGGCUCGUUCAGGAGGAUUGUAAAGAAAGGAAUAUUACAUCCCACGAUGCUGGCCACGAAUUUCAAGACCAUGUCUCCGACGAUGUUCAAGAUCCGCCAUCAAGGACUCGGUCAUUUAUGAGCAGCUUCCUUGACCUCUUUCCUUGCACUUCCGACUCUGUAUCACUCCACAGUGAUGAUAACUGCUCAGAAUGCUCAGACGAUAACUUGAAGAACGGUAUCUAUGCAUUUAACAAGCCUCCUUCGGAUACCAUGCCCGUCGCCAUUCUGUCAAAUGAUCUCGCUUCCCUCCCAGCAGAAGAAAUCGGUGACCCUUGGGAUUUCAACCGUGAGGGGGAAACAUUGAAGAGAAUCGAGGAAGAGCAUUACGCACGAACGAGAGCAGCUAGAGAGAAACCACAGGCGCUGGACACGGCUCUUGACAAACCAUUUGUUGCGACAAGACCAGACUCCAAGCCAAGUUCGUCUGUCGGCCAUCUAAAGAUUCUAAACUGAUUUUUAUGCUGACCUUAUUUCUGUAGCUCCCACAAAGUCAAAUUUCUCGAAAGGGCACAUCCAAUGGCUGAAGUCCAGAUUUCGGCAUCCUUUCUACAACGACAUUAACUGACAGUGAAGUCCAUAGUCGUCGCUGGCCGGUGUCUUUCUU